AUGGAUAAUAGCGAGAAGAAACAAGAGAGCAUCCCUGUGGAUAAUUCAGUGCCUGCAGGGUCUAGUGGACAGAGUUCUUCAACCAGUACAACAGCCGGUGAAGGUGAAUCCAAGGAUCUCUCUCAGUUCGUUUCCGAUGUACCUAGGCUUACGAAAGAAAUAUUUGACGCAGUAGGUUGGGCUAAGAUUAAAACGAUGCUUCCUCCUUAUUUGAAAGAUUGUACCUGUGAGCAAAUUUAUAAUCUCGUGUCUCACGAGCUAAACGGAAUGACAGAGAGUAGGAUUCUGACUAUCAUGAAUGGAAAGCCAGUGGAUAAAACAGUGCCAGAAGCUGGAGGAGAUAAUCAAAAGCCGCAAUAA